AACCCCACAGCCGCACACGCACGCACACGCACACACACCCACCGCCCGAAGCCCGCGGGCGGCCAUGGAGGAGCCCGAGCCCGCGGGGGCCGCCCCGCCACCGCCCGCGCUGCGCUCGCUGCUGGCGCCGCGGGAGCUGCUCUGCUCCCGCAAAGGGCAGCUCCUCCUCGCCGAGUCGGUGCUGUCAUUUAUCAUCUUUAUCUGCUAUAUUGCAUCUCUCGCUGCCUCUUUCAUGAUGGCAGCACUCCUAGAGUUUCUGCUGGCACUGUUUCUUUUUUUUGCCUACGCCUCCAAGCUUAAUGAGAAGUUUAAAGGACUCUACUGGCCUUUGACGGAUUUCUUGCGGUGUGUCACUGCUGCCAUUAUUUACUUUGCCAUUUCAAUUGCUGCUGUCUCAAAAUACAACGAUGGAGCAUCUAAAGCAGCAGGAGUGUUUGGAUUUAUAGCCACAAUAGUGUACGCCAUUGAUUUCUACAUAACCUUCAAUGACCUGGUUACUUUUCUCAAGCAAGGCAGUUCUGAUUCCCCUGAAGGGCGCAAGUCAGAAGAUGAGGACUCCGAUUCCGACUCAGACUGAAGAACUGAACACCAACCAAAUGUGAAGGGAAGAUGAUUAAGCACUUUCCUCUUUGCUUAAUGCACUGCCAAUUGAAAUAUCUUCCUUAUUUCAGCCUUGGCAUCCUCCUUCCAUCUCCUUGUUUAUAGAAUCACCAAAGUAAAGACAGGGAGGUGAUGUGGAAAAGGAGACUAUUCCCAGUGCCAUUAGACACUCCUUCAGAACUCUGUAUUUUACAGUAGUUCAACCUUCCAGAGCUCUGUAUUUUACAGUAGUUCAACCUUCCAGAGCUCUGUAUCCAAACACACAUCAAUUCUCUGUUGCCUCUCUCUACUCAGCACAACAAUGUACUGAGUAAACAGGAACACAGUAUUUUAAACAUGUAAGCAAAGCUUUUCAUAUGCUUUCUUAAUUCCAAAUCUUUAACACUUAUAGCUUUUAUACUUCUUGCUGUGCCAAAGAAGAGAGGCUCAGAAAGCCUCUACUUUAUUUGUAUUUUUCUUGAUUAACUAACAGUAUUUCUUUAUCUGAAGUCUGAAUAUUCCACUAAUCUCAAGCACUGAAGGCAUAGGUUAUAGUUAACACGUUGGUUUCAAUACAUUUAUAUCUACCACCUAUCUCCAACAAGAAAAAGUGACAACUGGAAAUCUGCAGCAAGAAAAAUCUCAAAAUAUAAUUGUGCUGCAGGGUAGCUGGCUCAUCAGAUAUUCAAUAUGAUUUUCUCAAGCUGCUUGGAUGGGAUCACAUCCCAUCUUCUGCAAUUUCACCAGUCAGGAGGUAGAACAGAUCAGGCAUCGUCUUACCAGUGCCCUUCCUACCACUGGCAUGGAAGCCCUUGUACGUGUUUGCACAUACAGGUAAGGAAGGCUUGCCAGAUGCCAUCCAACAGGAUCUGCCUAUCAAAGCCAGCAAAUAUUUGUGCACAAGAUACCACUGUCUGAUCUCAUGCUCUGUGUUGCAAACACUGGUCCUCCCAUGAGAAAUAGCACUGGACUCAGCUGCUGGGUUUGCAAAAGAGACAACUGCUUCUGUAAAACUCAGGAUACCUAGGCCCAGGAGGGCAAUACAUCCUUCCCACUGUGAAAAGGCCAAAAAAAACCAUCUCUGAACUAAAGAAUGUCUGCAAGGAAAUUAAUUUUCCCAGACCCUUUUUUUUUUUUUUUUUUGGGUGUGGGCGGAUGGUUUUUUGUUUAGUUUGUUGUUUGUUUUUUUUUUUUUUUUUUUUCUCCCCUGGAAAGACCUGAUUUAUCUCAUCAUCUAGUAUUCUGGGGGAAAAACAUGAAUUUACAAAAGGCGUUUCCAUGGGUAGCACAACCUACCUUGAAAUGUUUCUGUCUACCUAUAAAUGCACACUGCUUGAAAAAAGCAUUGCAUGCUCCUUAUACAUGGCAUCAAAUGGGUCUAUUUCAAAGAAACCUGUAUACAUUUUUUAAAAAUAUAGUACCAGAACAGGUGGCUUUAACAAGAAGUAAUUAAAAUGUGAGCAGAUGGUACGAACAGAGUAAAUGAAAAACAGCGAUAAACCAAUAAAGGCAGAUUUCCUUUGAAACAAAAUUACCCCUUGGGUUCCACUUCCCUGCUAGCAGCUGGCUGCUGAGGGGCAGGAGGACGGAUCCUAACAGCGAGCAGGUGCUUGGGAAGGUGCUGGCCAGGUUCAGAGUUGUCUAAGCGGCAGCUCCCACAUCUCCUGUUUCCCGACCACUGAGGGAAUAAAAGCAAAACAAAUGGUUGCUUCUAAUGUGACAUACCAUCUUUGCUUUUAUGAGAAAGACCUCUUUGGAUCUUUUCCUGUAUGAAAUUCCAUGUUUCUUUUCUGUUGUCAUAUUUUAUUGGCACACACUGGGAUGUCAGGGGACCUGGGCUCAUUUUUAUAUUCAAUUGUUUUGUAUUUCUCUUUUUUUAAUUAAAAAAUAUACUGCAUGUCACAUCUGGAAACUAGUACAUGGUUAUUAUUUAGAAGCCAUGCUGGAUUAAAACUCUUUUAAUAGAA